GGAGCAGACAUAUAUACUCUCAGAAUGGAGGCUUUUCAACUCCUAUCCAGAGGGGGUGCCCAAUUUGACAAGAAGCGAUUCAAGGGGGAUGUCGAGCUGUUCCAGCCUUCGAAAGCUGGCCAAUCUGAAGGGAAGAAGAAGAAGACGCAGUCUACCUCAAAUCUGCCUUCUGAUCUCGACUUCUUCAAGUACGCCGAGUCCAGUUCGAGCAAGCGCAAGACGGACAGCACUGAUCCGAACACACGCAAGAAACGACGCGUCGAAGCUGAUGUAGCUGAAGGCGAGGGCUCUAACGACGAAGAAGAAGCACCCAGGCAGAAGCACCGAGUAACGGCGAAGGGAAUCAACAUUCCGGUUGCAGCACAGACGUUUGGGGAGAUGAAGGAGCGCUAUGACAUGCCGUCCCUCCUGCUAUCCAAUCUCUCGAAGCACGGUUUUAAGCAUCCAACGGGUAUACAGUCGCACGGAAUACCAAUUCUUCUGGAGAAGCGCGACCUCGCCGCCAUAUCCCCCACUGGUACCGGAAAGACGCUUUCCUACCUCCUACCCAUCAUUGCAGCGCUGGAAUCUCCCGCCACCUCAAAUGAGUCCGCUGGAAAGGGCGUCCGUGCGGUCAUCGUCGCACCGACGCGAGAACUAGCGCAUCAAAUACACAACGAGUGUCUGAAACUCGCGGAGGGUCGGAAAUGGCGCAUCAUCCUGUUCAGCAAAGCGACAGCAAGUACGCUCUCAGACAAGGCCGUACGCGACAAAGUUGAUAUCAUAAUCAGCACCCCGCUGCGGCUAGUAGCUUCGCUGCAAACAGGUGACCUGGAACUUCAGAACGUCCGCCACCUCAUUUUGGACGAGGCAGACAGAAUGCUGGACCCUGAAUUUCUUUCGCAAGUGGAAGAGAUCAUCGCUUCUUGCACGCACCCGGAUGUUCAGAAGGCCGUCUUCAGCGCGACACUGCCCGCUGGUGCGGAGAAGAUCGCCAUGGACAUGCUCCGCAAUCCUAUCCGAAUCGUCGUCGGCCUGAAGGACACGCCACUUCCUUUGAUAUCACAGAGCUUAACCUACGUUGCCGACGACGGGUCCAAGCUCCCGAGCUUGCUGCAGUACUUCGCGGAACCGUAUAAUCCACCCGUCCUCAUCUUCACAUCUACCCAACCGCGUGCGUCCUCGCUAGCCGAGGAGCUCAUACUCAACGGGAUCCCCAACGUGGACUGCCUCCACGCCGGCAUGACCAAAAAGGAGCGUGAUGAUGCAGUCAGUCGCAUGCGCAAGGGCGAGAGCUGGGUGAUGGUCAGCACGGAGGUGAUGGCGCGCGGUAUGGACUUCAAGGGCGUUCGCGAAGUCAUCAACUACGACUUCCCCACCAGCGUCCAGAGCUACAUCCAUCGAAUUGGGCGAACGGGUCGCGCGGAGCGGGAGGGCAAAGCGGUCACGUACUUCACGGACGAGGACGCGCCGUACCUCAAAGCGAUCGCCAAUGUUCUCCUCCAGUCCGGCUCGACGGUCCCUGAUUGGAUCCUCAAAUUGCCGAAACCGUCGAAAAUGAAGAGGAAACAGAUGGGCAAAGUCAAGCGUGCGGAGAUCGUCAACAGCGCACGGAAAAUCGGAAAGGCGGAUGCUAUGAAGAAGAGGGAUAUGAUCGCUGGCUCUAAGCGACGCAAGGCGAAGGCCGAAGCCGCUGACGCAGAGGGUUCUGACGAUGCCGGGAGCGACGGCGCCUAGACGCGGCGGCGCUGUAGGUCUUCCCGUGACUGAUUGAUAUCGAUGGAAUACGAGCAGUUGACCGCGCUUGACUUCGCUUCAUGUUCGACGAGAGCCCGA